CGCCGCAUCCGGCAGUUGCUGUUCGAGGCUCGAAGGAUACGCACGGCUCUGGUGGACGACGGAAGUUGGAUUGAAAAUGCAUCGGGACUGAGUGCCGAAAGUGACUGCGUGUGGUGAAUUCUCGCCGAAGAGAGCGUGGAAGAGAGCCGCGGAGUGUGUGUGUGUGUGUGUGAAAGUGCCCCUACUUUUUGGUGUAAGAGCUCCUAACUUGGCCAACACUUCGGUUCCGGCGGCGCGCAGUCAAGUCGAGUCCUUGCUGGCAGUCGGUUGUCCUGGCGGGAGAGUGCCUAGUUUUCGUGUAGCAAAGUGUGCCGGCACCGGGCCAUGCAGUCCACUAAAACAUAACAAAACACCAAAUCAUCCAAACCACAAAUCACCAAAGUGAAUAGAAAGAAUCUGAAAGAUACAAAAGUGCCAAAAGUAUGUGAGAAGAGGAGUCAAGUGUCUGCAAUGUAAAACCGCUCAAAAGCGAAAGCCAAAUCAAAAUUGUACAGCUCACUGCCCACGAAAAAUUCCUGAAAAAAGCUCAGCUAAAAACCCAGCAAAUCAAAAAAAGGCAACAAAUAAUAAAACAAAAAUUUCAACGAAAUUCAAAUCAGAAUCAAAACAGAAGCCGGUAAACAUGUGGAUUAGUAGCCGCUUCUUUGUGAUUCUCCUGCUGCUCAAUCUGGAUAACACCUGCAGUGAACCGUUCGAAGCCCACCUGCGCGGUCCCGGAUUCGUGAUGGAGCCACCCGGUCGGGUGGAGUUCUCGAACUCCUCCGGCGGCUGGCUGGACUGCUCGGCCUCCGGAAGUCCGCAGCCGACGGUCGACUGGGUGCACGCGGAUGGCUCGGCGGUGACCGAGAUCCAUGGAGUGCGACGUGUCCUGCGGAACGGUACGCUCGUCCUGAUGCCAUUCGCCGCGGCAGCCUACCACCAGGAUGUGCACAACACGAUCUAUCGCUGCAUUGCCAGCAAUUCGGUGGGUCGCAUCGUUUCGCGGGACGUGCAAGUGAGGGCGGUUGUGGCCCAGGCCUACAAAGUGGACGUGGAGGUGCUAUCUGCCGCAAGGGGAUGCACCGCCAUUCUGCGCUGCGUGGUGCCCACGUUCGUCAAGGAAUUGGUACGAGUGGUCUCGUGGGUUCAUGAACCCGCUAUCUACAUCUAUCCCUCGUUGCAAGGCGAUGGCAAAUUCCACUUGCUGCCCACCGGCGAGCUGCUCAUCCACAAUCUGCAGGAGAGCGAUGAGUCGCAGUCCUUCCGCUGCCGCAGCAUGCACCGCCUCACCCGCCAGGUGGUCGUCAGUUCACCCACCCGACUGCGUAUUAAUUCGCAUCGCGGCAUCAUUUCGCCGAGCGUGGUGGAGCACACGGCUCAUGUGCAGGUGUCGCAGGACGAGGGCGCGGUGCUCCUGUGCGUCGCCCAGGGCUGUCCUUCGCCCGAAUACAGCUGGUUCACCCACAAUGGAGCCGGACCCCUGCCCGUGCUGAGUGGUCCUCGUGUCCGACUGCUCGGCCCCAUCCUGGCCAUCGAGGCUGUGACUGGCGAGGAUUCCGGCGUCUACAAGUGCACGGCCGGCAAUGUGGGCGGCGAGGCUAGUGCCGAGCUCCGGCUCACGGUGGCCACGCCCAUCCAAGUGGAAAUCUCACCGAACGUUCUCAGCGUUCACAUGGGCGGCACCGCGGAGUUCCGGUGCCUGGUCACCAGCAACGGCAGUCCCGUGGGCAUGCAGAACAUCCUGUGGUACAAGGACGGCCGCCAGCUGCCCUCCUCGGGCCGCGUCGAGGACACCCUGGUUGUGCCACGCGUGAGUCGCGAGAACCGCGGCAUGUACCAGUGCGUGGUGCGACGGCCCGAGGGCGAUACGUUCCAGGCCACCGCCGAGCUGCAACUGGGAGAUGCGCCGCCCGUGCUCCUCUACAGCUUUAUCGAGCAGACCCUGCAGCCAGGACCAGCUGUGAGCCUCAAGUGCUCCGCUGCCGGCAAUCCUACGCCGCAAAUUUCAUGGACACUGGACGGAUUUCCGCUGCCAUCAAACGGAAGAUUUAUGAUCGGACAAUACAUCACCGUCCAUGGCGAUGUAAUUAGUCAUGUUAACAUAAGCCACGUCAUGGUCGAGGAUGGUGGCGAGUACGCCUGCAUCGCGGAGAAUCGAGCAGGACGAGUGCAGCAUGCGGCGCGCUUGAAUAUUUAUGGUCUUCCAUACAUUCGACUGAUUCCGAAGGUAACUGCCGUCUCCGGCGAGACAUUGAAUCUGAAGUGCCCGGUGGCCGGCUAUCCCAUCGAGGAGAUCCACUGGGAGCGCGGAGGACGGGAGCUGCCGGAUGACAUACGGCAACGUGUCCAGCCGGACGGCUCGCUGACCAUCAGUCCCGUGCAGAAGAACUCCGAUUCCGGCGUGUAUACGUGCUGGGCGAGGAACAAACAGGGUCACAGUGCGCGGCGGAGUGGCGAGGUGACGGUCAUAGUGCCGCCGAAGCUCAGUCCCUUCCAAACGAACAUCCUGCAGCUGAACAUGGGCGAUCGGGCCUCGCUCACCUGUUCGGUGGUGAAGGGCGAUCUCCCGCUGACCAUCAACUGGCGCAAGGACGGCCGCCCCAUCGAUCCCACCCAGCACAUGUCCGUGAAGCAGGUGGACCAGUACAACAGCAUCCUGGUCAUCGAGAAUCUGGGCAGCGACCACACCGGCAACUAUUCCUGUGUGGUGCGCAAUUCCGCCGCCGAGGUGGAGAACUCGCAGGCCCUGCUGGUCAAUGUGCCGCCUCGCUGGAUCGUCGAGCCCGUGGACGCGAAUGUGGAGCGUAAUCGCCACAUUAUGCUGCAUUGCCAGGCGCAGGGUGUUCCCACACCCAGCAUAGUGUGGAAGAAGGCUACAGGCAGUAAGUCGGGAGAGUACGAAGAAGUCCGCGAGCGUCCCUUCACCAAGCUCCUGGGCAAUGGCUCCCUGCUGCUGCAACACGUUAAGGAGGAUCGCGAGGGCUUCUAUCUGUGCCAGGCCAACAAUGGCAUCGGCACCGGCAUCGGAAAGGUCAUCCAGCUGAAAGUGAACUCCUCGCCGUACUUCUCAUCCACUUCCCGGUCCGUGAUGGUGAAAAAGGGCGACACGGCACUGCUCCAAUGUGCCGUCAGUGGGGACAAGCCGAUUAACAUUGUUUGGAUGCGCUCGGGCAAGAACACGCUGAAUCCGUCAACCAAUUACAAGAUCUCGGUGAAGCAGGAGGCCACACCAGACGGAGUGUCCGCCGAGCUGCAAAUCCGCACGGUGGACGCCACCGACAGCGGUCCGUACUUCUGUCGGGCCAGCAAUUUGUAUGGCAAUGAUCAGCAGCUGGUGCAGCUGCAGGUCCAGGAGCCACCACUGCCACCCAGUGUCCUGGAGGCGGCCAUGAUCAGCAGUCGAUCGGUGAACAUCAAGUGGCAACCGAAAACCUUGGGCACUGGCGAUGUGACCAAGUACAUAGUGGAGUUCCGCGAGGCAGAUCAUUCUCUCCCACCAGCUUUGUUUGUGGACCAGUGGCAGCAGAUCGAGGUCAAGGAUCCGCCACAUUUCAAUGCAAUGAUCGAGAACCUUAAGCCGGCGACACGUUACGCUUUCCGGGUGAUUGCCGAGGGAUCGGCCGGACGCAGUGCACCCAGCCAGGAGCUGAUUGUUCGCACGGAACCACAGCGACCCGCAGGACCUCCUCUAAGUCUGUCCGCCAGACCUUUGUCUUCCACCGAGCUGCUUAUCAGUUGGGUGGCUCCUUUGCCGGAACUGCGACAUGGUGACAUUCAGGGCUACAAUGUGGGCUACAAGCUGUCCAGUUCGGGAAAUACGGCAUACAACUUCACUUCCGUUUCCGGAGAUGGCGAUGGAGGCAAUGGGGAGCUACUACUCAGCGGACUGGCUAAGUUUGCCCGAUACACCGUCGUGGUGCAGGCUUUCAAUCAGGUGGGGCCAGGACCUCUGUCGGAACCCACCGCUGCUCAGACUAUGGAAGAUGUUCCAAGUCGACCACCGGAGGACGUGCGCUGUGCCGCCUUAUCCUCGCAAUCGCUUCAGGUGUCCUGGCAACCACCGCCAAUUUACCACACCAAUGGACUGCUGCAGGGAUACAAGCUAAUAUUCGAGCCCAUCAUCGAUGACAUUCAGCCCAGCAAGGACGAAGUGGAGUCGAGGAAAACGACAGCACUCACCAUGGUGCUGACAGGACUUCGCAAAUACACCAACUACAGUAUUCAGGUUUUGGCCCACACGCGUAUGGGCGAUGGAGUGGUAUCGAAGCCAUUGUUUUGCCACAGCGAAGAGGAUGUGCCCGAGGCUCCGGCGGAUAUCAAAGUUGUGUCGAGUUCAUCACAAUCCCUGUAUAUCUCUUGGUUGCCACCCAAUGAACCGAACGGAGUGAUCACCAAGUACAGUCUGUACACUCGUGUGGUGAACGGUCGCGAGGAGCUGAACAAUGAGAAACGUAGUCUGCCAUCGCAACAGGCCUAUUACGAAGCCAAAGGACUGCAUCCGCAUAUGGAGUAUCAGUUCUGGGUGACGGCCAGCACUCGAGUGGGCGAGGGCAAGAGUUCCCGAGUGUCCUCACAAAUCACCACGAAUCGCAUACCGGCAAGGAUCAUAUCCUUCGGUGGUCCAGUGGUCAGACCUUGGCGAUCCACCGUUACUCUACCCUGCACGGCGGUUGGAAAACCCAAACGGGAGUGGUUCAAAUCAGAUGUGGCACUGCGGCAAGGUGGACUCCAUAACUCCCAGCUGCUGGACAGUGGGGAUCUGAUCAUCUCCAGCCUGCAACUGGCGGAUGGUGGCAACUACAGCUGUCAGGUGGACAACGGCAUUGGAACUGAUCGAUUAACGCACACCCUCAUUGUCCAAGUGCCACCUACAGCUCCGGUUCUUUAUGUAACGAGUGCCACCUCGAGCAGCAUCCUCAUGCACUGGAAGUGUGGCUUCACGGGCAAUGCACCCAUCACCGGCUAUACCUUGUUCUAUCGGCGAGCCAAUGGCAACACGGACGAGAUGCAAUUGUCGCGACAUGCUUCCAGUCAUGAACUCAAGGGCCUGAUGUGUGGCAGCACGUACCAGAUCCACCUGAGUGCCCAGAACAAGGUGGGCACCUCACCCACCAGCACCAUUCUGCACGUGCGCACUCAGGGUCAAUCGCCUGGUCAUCCUGCCUCCACUGCCCUCUUGGCACCAAACUCGACCUCCCUGUUGGUUCGACUGCACUCUUGGCCGGACAACGGAUGUCCUUUGCUCUACUUCGUCCUGCAGUACCGAGCAGUGACCGACGAUCCGGAUGCGGAAUGGGUGCUAGUAUCCAAUGCCUUGAAGCCGCAGCGUCGCAUAGUGGUCAACAAUCUGCAACCUUCGACGCUCUAUCAACUCCGCAUGGAGGCGCACAAUGUGGCUGGAAUCUCGCAGGCGGAGUUCAACUUCGUGACCCUGACCAAGGAUGGAGAUCCACCACCGCCGGAAAUCAUGCAUCGUGGCCGUAGUGGUCAAACCACGGUCAUAUUCGCCAAUAUUAACCUGCUCAUCCCAACCAUAGCGGCAGUGUCUGGAAUGUUCUGCACAAUUAUCAUGAUCAUCGUUUGCUACAGACACAUGCUUAAAAAUGCACCACCGCUCGCAGAGCAAAGUCAAAUUCAAAAGGAAUCACUCGAGAAUCGAGCCAACUCCGAGGCUGCCCAGCGGGAGCGGUAUUAUGCCACCAUACACAAGGUGUCCAUGCAGAACAACGAUAAGAUUCCAGAAACCUCCGAGGACAUCUCGCCGUAUGCCACCUUCCAGCUGUCGGAGGCUGGGGGCAACAUGUCGCAGCCGCACCACGGCGGUCCGGCCAACACGCUGCUCCACUCGUUCAUGUACCACGAGCGGGCCCUGGCCGAGGGCUGCUCGUCGCCACCACCAGCCGCGUCCAAGAACCGGAGGCGCCACUCCAGGAAGACGGAGCCGGAGAGCGAGGAGUCGGAAUCGGACCAGGACCAGCUCACCUCCAGUCGCACCGAGUCCUCCAACCAGCACGAGGGCAAGAUCAAGCACAGCAUCAUCUACCAUGGAGCACAAUCAAGCACCUCCUCCGAUCUGUCACCAAUGUCCGAACAGAAAUCAUUGCCCCGCCGCGGUCGCUCCAGGGCCGGCAUCCUGCGCACGCUGCAUCCGCUCCAGCUGCAGGCCGAGUGCAACGCCGGCGCCUUCCAUCGCACGGAGGACGGCGGCCUGGGCGAACGGAUCGAGCUGGCCGAGGUUGAGGUCGAUGUGGAUACGAUUAAGAAGCUAAAGCUGGGUCAGAGGUCAUCGCUCUGGUCCCGACCUUCAUCCACCACCUCCCAGCUGCAGCAGGAGCACCAGCAGCAGCAACAGCAGCAGAAGCACCACCAGCAGCAGCAGCAACACCACCAACAGCAGCAGCAGCAGGCACCACAGCAACCACACAAACGAGCGCAUUCAAAGUCACCGCAGCCACAACAACAACAGCCACUGCAACAACAACGCCAACAACAUUCACCCGCUCCUGGCCAAAAAUUGCUUAGCGAGAAAUCGGAUUAUUCGAUAUCCGUCUGAGACAUUGGUAAGAUCUGAUCGCAAGAUCAGCAGAUUGGAUGAGACCGGGCCCCCCGAUAGCCACAAAUUUAGCAGCAGCCGGGCCGUUUUUGUACAUUUUUGUAAUGCAUUUGUUACCUUACCAAGACCACCCCUCCCCCCCUAACACCCUGACACCACUCUUGAAAUGAUAAACCUCUACUCCAAACUUUCGGAAGAGCCCCGCACCAAGUAAUACCCUCCUGUCCCCCCAAAAGAAACAACCAGAUGAACACUCAGUAAACUUUCGGACAAUCAGUAUCAAAAUUCUGCACCAACCAUCCAAAAACCAAAACAUACCGAAUCGAAACACUUCCCAUUAUGAACUCCUGCCCGUAUUUAUAGAGGUCAUACUAUAUAUAAGUAUUAACGAUUGUGCAUGCUAUAUACCCACGUAUGUAUGUAUGUAUCUACAUAUGUAUAUGUAUGUAGGUGAAUGCAUAUGGCAUGUGUCCAGAAAGAACCCAGGUCAGUUGUCGAACUUCCAGAAAUGUUGUAUGUACAUAUAUAUACUAACGUAGUCUAUUAAGUAUCCGUAACGACUAAUGCGUAUAUCACUCGAAACUGUAACUCAAACUACUAACUGCAAAACUAUCGCAAACUAUCGUAUCGAAUCGAUUCGAAUCGAACUGUUUUUCAUCGUAUGUAGAAAGGACGACCUUCUUCUAGAUGUUGAAGUCUCGAAUAGCAAUGAGUGUUUGACCUAUGAAAAGCUACUCCUAAAGUAGUUCCAUAAGUUUCGGUUUUGUGGUACACCAGGGCGAUGAAACGAGGAAUUUAAUCUUGAAAUUUUCAACUAAGCCGAAAACUCAGAUAUACAUAUAUGCUGUGUACAAAUUUAUAUGAAUGUAUAUUGAUGUGUGUCCCCGUGUGCGUGUCUACGUUAUGAGGCAGUCGUGUGCUCAUGUAUGUAUAUAGGAUAUAUACCGAGAUAUACAAUCGAAGAAUACUCAUUUAGUUGUUAGCGAAUCCACGUACAUGUAGAGUAUUGAGCAAAUGCUGUAAAUAAUCAAAAGUAAAACCCUCAAAGGACUGACAAUGUUGCAUGACUCACAUAGAGAAACCCAAAGGAAAGUAAAGCCACAAUGAAAAUGUUAACUAAAUGUAUUCGAUAUAGCCGAUGUACACACACUCGAAUAUGUCGCCAGCUGAAUUUGAAUUCAAGAAAGCAGUAUUCAUAGAUAAUAUGACAUGAUAUCGCAGUAAUCACACACAUUAGUGUUUCCAUUACAAUAAACUGUCAUUCGUCGAGUUGUAGAUAAAUGUUUUUAAAAACGAAUUAAUGGAAGUAAAUUGAAUGAGCCUGUAGGAGAAUCAAAUACCAGUCGUAAUUAAAUUUCGAAUUAUCAUAAACACUCAAUCAAGCAGCCGAAUGGAACGAAAGCCAAGUUAGGAGCAGACAAACAAACUACAAAUUAAUAUAACUCUUAGUUCGUAUCGAAUAAUCCAAAAGUAAUACGAGUACAUAGCUGUAUUUUAACUAGCCUACAAAAGCAUAAGGAAACCCAUUAAACAGUCAAAUAAAAUCGAUGAGGAGUAGAAGGAGGAUCAGAGGGACGAAUUGAACCCAUUUCGGAAACCAUGUGCCAAAAUUUGUUUUUAGACAAAGCUCUCUUAAAUUACGGAUAUACAAUAAAUAAUGCAAGCCAUGAAAAGCGAGUAAAUAGCAGCCACGAAAUAUGAACAUACCAAUUAGAGCCACAGAAUUCACAAAAUAAAGUCGCAGAUUAAGGUGUUCACUUGGGUAAAAUUUAUUCGAACCCGAGCCAGACAGCAUAAUUCUUUAGUGUCUCAUUUGAAAUAAAAGCAAAAACCAAAAAAAGGAAAAUUUACGAGCCAGCAGCACCCUUUGUUUAUAUAGCGAUUAACGCGAUUUUAGUCGGUUUUUAUAUGCAUUUAUUUGUACGAAGCAAUGAAAUGGUUUAUUACAUUUAACAUCGAAUUUUACGAAUUUAUUAAGAACAACAGAAAAGUUGCGACUGCAAGGAGCAACCUCACAGCAAAGUCUACAAAUCAAAAGAUGAAAUUAACUUAAUAGAUCACAAUCAAAACGAGAACAAACCGAGUAAUUAUACGAGAGGGAGAAACAAUUUUUAUGUUUAACAUAUAAUUAGCACAACAACUACAAAAUAAAAACUAUUAAUGUAAAAACAAACGGCAUUUAAAAAAUAUAAGAAAUAUUUAAAAAUAA